AUGAGUUUUAGAAAUCUUUACUCGUUUACAACACGCACCCGCUGUGAGACACUCAGCGAAAGACCAACACCUCAAGUGUUUGUUUGGCCUGAUGAUCAUGUAUACAGAGGAGAAACUGUCAAUCUCAGAUGUGUCAUUAAUGGAGGAGGAUGCAGCAGCUGGCAGUACAGCUGGUAUAAAGAUUCAAUCAUCCAGCAGAAUAAACUCCAGUAUUACACAAUCAGAUCUGUUACUGAGUCUGACGCAGGUAAAUACACCUGUAGAGGAACAGAGAUCAGUGGAUCACGAUACUCACACAUCAGCAAUGCUGUUACACUGACAGUAUCAGGAUCAAAACCUGAACUCACAUCAGAUACUGAAGGAUCUGUACUGACAGGUAACACAGUGACUCUGAAGUGUCACACUGAUCAUUGUUCUACUGGAUGGAAGUUUUACUGGUACAAACACACACAAAACACUGAGGAGACGACAACAGAAACAAACUCUUACACAAUCCACAGUGUUAACGUUUCAGAUGGAGGUCAGUACUGGUGUAGAGCUGGAAGAGGAAACCCAGACUAUUACACAGACUACAGUGAAGGACUGUGGAUAAAUGUUAAAGAAAGUCCAAAACCUGUAGUGAGUGUUGAUCCUGACAAACAGCUGUUCAGCGGAGAAACUGUUACUCUGAGAUGUGACAUACAGGAUACAGGAGACACUGAGUGGACAUACAGCUGGACUGUAGAGCCAUAUUGCUGGUAUAGACGGUUCUACUGUGACACACAAGAGUGUAAAAUCAACAACACUCAAUACUAUCACAGUGGUAAAUACACCUGUAGAGGAAAGAUACGUGAACAAAACACUGAGAUGAGUGAUGCUGUUACACUGACUGUAUCAUCAGAUAAACCACAGACAGUUUUAAGUGUUUCUCCACAGCAGUGGUUGACUGAAGGAGAUUCAGUGACUCUGAUGUGUGAGGUUAGAAACUCCUCUACAGGCUGGACAUUCAGCUGGUUCACUUACAAAGAGAAAGGUGACUAUCAGCUUGUGUCAGACAGCAUUCGAGGGUCUAAAGGCAUCUACACAGUGAGUUCAGUGACUGUGAAGCACACAGGAUUUUAUGUUUGCAGAGCAGAGAGAGGAGAUCCAGUCUAUCACACAGAGUUCAGCAACACAAAGCCACUGUGGAUCACUGGUGUUCCUCCUUCAGUCUCUCUGAUCAUCAAACCCAGCAGAUCUCAACACUUCAUAAACAAAUCUCUCUCUCUGAGCUGUGAGGAUCACAGUAACUCUGCUGGAUGGACAGUGAGAAGAUACACAGACGAGCUGGAAUCUUGUUCAUCAUCGGUCAAUCAAUCAGAACCAGAAUCUACAUGUACAAUCAGUUCUCUCAACAAAUCUGAUUCUGGAGUAUACUGGUGUCAGUCUGAAUCUGGAGAGAAACUUCAUCCUGUUAAUAUCUCAGUAUACGAUGUUGAUGUGAUUCUGGAGAGUCCUGUUCAUCCUGUGACUAAAGGAGAUCCUCUGACUCUACGCUGUUUAUUUCGAGGAAAAGGCUAUUACUCGAAAGCUGAAUCUGAAUUUUAUAAAAAUGGAUCAGUGGUGCAGGGUCAGACUACAGGAGACACGAUGAUCAUCCCUACAGUCUCAAAGUCACAUGAGGGUUCCUACUACUGUAAACACCCACAGGGAGGAGAGUCUCCAAAGAGCUGGAUCUCAGUCAGAAGAGGGUCUCAGGUGAAGACGCUUAGCUUCAACAUGAUCACUUUUCCACUGGCAGUUUGUCCAUAUCUGUUAGCGACAGUAGUGCUGGUUUUCAAAUGCUGUAGAUCGAAAGUUUCUCACUCAUCUGUUGAAGAUCAGUUGCAGUAUGCAGUAAGAGAAGAAACAUAAACCUGAUAUGAAUGUGUUGUGAGUGCAGUGAAGCAUCAGUCACAGACUGAAUAAAUGCAGUCAAUAACAAUUACCAAAUAUGAAUUUUAGAGUAAAUCCCUUUAUUUUUCAUAUGUGACCCUGGACCACAAAACCAGUCAUAAGAUUCUUUUUUUUAUGCCAAAAAUCAUUAAGAUAUUAAGUAAGAUAAUUUCCAUUAAGAUAUUUUGUACAUUUCC